CUGAUGUCCUCCAAGUAUGCGGACGGGGUGACUGGUCGUGUGGAGUUCAAUGAGGAUGGGGACCGGAAGUUCGCCAACUACAGCAUCAUGAACCUGCAGAACCGCAAGCUGGUGCAAGUGGGCAUCUACAACGGCACCCACGUCAUCCCUAAUGACAGGAAGAUCAUCUGGCCAGGCGGAGAGACAGAGAAGCCUCGAGGGUACCAGAUGUCCACCAGACUGAAGAUUGUGACGAUCCACCAGGAGCCUUUCGUGUACGUCAAGCCCACGCUGAGUGAUGGGACAUGCAAGGAGGAGUUCACAGUCAACGGCGACCCAGUCAAGAAGGUGAUCUGCACCGGGCCCAACGACACGUCUCCGGGCAGCCCCCGCCACACGGUGCCUCAGUGUUGCUACGGCUUUUGCAUCGACCUGCUCAUCAAGCUGGCACGGACCAUGAACUUCACCUAUGAGGUGCACCUGGUGGCAGAUGGCAAGUUCGGCACACAGGAGCGGGUGAACAACAGCAACAAGAAGGAGUGGAAUGGGAUGAUGGGCGAGCUGCUCAGCGGGCAGGCAGACAUGAUCGUGGCGCCGCUAACCAUCAACAACGAGCGCGCGCAGUACAUCGAGUUUUCCAAGCCCUUCAAGUACCAGGGCCUGACUAUUCUGGUCAAGAAGGAAAUCCCCCGGAGCACGCUGGACUCGUUCAUGCAGCCGUUCCAGAGCACACUGUGGCUGCUGGUGGGGCUGUCGGUGCACGUGGUGGCCGUGAUGCUGUACCUGCUGGACCGCUUCAGCCCCUUCGGCCGGUUCAAGGUGAACAGCGAGGAGGAGGAGGAGGACGCACUGACCCUGUCCUCGGCCAUGUGGUUCUCCUGGGGCGUCCUGCUCAACUCCGGCAUCGGGGAAGGCGCCCCCAGAAGCUUCUCGGCGCGUAUCCUGGGCAUGGUGUGGGCCGGCUUUGCCAUGAUUAUCGUGGCCUCCUACACCGCCAACCUGGCGGCCUUCCUGGUGCUGGACCGGCCGGAGGAGCGCAUCACGGGCAUCAACGACCCUCGGCUGAGGAACCCCUCGGACAAGUUUAUCUACGCCACGGUGAAGCAGAGCUCCGUGGACAUCUACUUCCGGCGCCAGGUGGAGCUGAGCACCAUGUACCGGCAUAUGGAGAAGCACAACUACGAGAGUGCAGCGGAGGCCAUCCAGGCCGUGAGAGACAACAAGCUGCAUGCCUUCAUCUGGGACUCGGCGGUGCUGGAGUUCGAGGCCUCGCAGAAGUGCGACCUAGUGACGACUGGAGAGCUGUUCUUCCGCUCGGGCUUCGGCAUAGGCAUGCGCAAAGACAGCCCUUGGAAGCAGAACGUCUCCCUGUCCAUCCUCAAGUCCCAUGAGAAUGGCUUCAUGGAAGACCUGGACAAGACGUGGGUUCGGUAUCAGGAAUGUGACUCGCGCAGCAACGCUCCUGCGACCCUUACUUUUGAGAACAUGGCAGGGGUCUUCAUGCUGGUAGCGGGGGGCAUCGUUGCCGGGAUCUUCCUGAUUUUCAUUGAGAUUGCCUACAAGCGGCACAAGGAUGCUCGCCGGAAGCAGAUGCAGCUGGCCUUUGCAGCAGUGAACGUGUGGAGGAAGAACCUGCAGGAUAGAAAGAGUGGUAGAGCAGAGCCUGACCCUAAAAAGAAAGCCACAUUUAGGGCUAUCACCUCCACCCUGGCUUCCAGCUUCAAGAGGCGUAGGUCCUCCAAAGACACGAGCACCGGGGGUGGACGCGGCGCUUUGCAAAACCAAAAAGACACAGUGCUGCCGCGACGCGCUAUUGAGAGGGAGGAGGGCCAGCUGCAGCUGUGUUCCCGUCAUAGGGAGAGCUGAGACUCCCCGCCCGCCCUCCUCUGCCCCCUCCCCCGCAGACAGACAGACAGACGGACGGGACAGCGGCCCGGCCCACGCAGAGCCCCGGAGCACCACGGGGUCGGGGGAGGAGCACCCCCAGCCUCCCCCAGGCUGCGCCUGCCCGCCCGCCGGUUGGCCGGCUGGCCGGUCCACCCCGUCCCGGCCCCGCGCGUGCCCCCAGCGUGGGGCUAACGGGCGCCUUGUCUGUGUAUUUCUAUUUUGCAGCAGUACCAUCCCACUGAUAUCACGGGCCCGCUCAACCUCUCAGAUCCCUCGGUCAGCACCGUGGUGUGAGGCCCCCGGAGGCGCCCACCUGCCCAGUUAGCCCGGCCAAGGACACUGAUGGGUCCUGCUGCUCGGGAAGGCCUGAGGGAAGCCCACCCGCCCCAGAGACUGCCCACCCUGGGCCUCCCGUCCGCCAGCCCGCCCGCCCCGCUGCCUGGCGGGCAGCCCCUGCUGGACCAAGGUGCGGACCGGAGCGGCUGAGGACGGGGCAGAGCUGAGUCGGCUGGGCAGGGCCGCAGGGCGCUCCGGCAGAGGCAGGGCCCUGGGGUCUCUGGAGCAGUGGGGAGCGGGGGCUAACUGGCCUCAGGCGGAGGGGCUUGGAGCAGAGACGGCAGCCCCAUCCUUCCCGCGCCACAGUGGGGCCCAUGGCCCCAGCUGGCUGGGUCGCCCUUCCUCGGGCGCCUGCGCUCCUCUGCAGCCUGAGCUCCACCCUCCCCUCUUCUUGCGGCACCGCCCACCACACCCCGUCUGCCCCUUGACCCCACACGCCGGGGCUGGCCCUGCCCUCCCCCAUGGCCGUCCCUGACUUCCCAGCUGGCAGCGCCUCCCAGAGGCGCUCGGGCUCCCGCCGCCUCGGGCCGCCUCCUUCAGACUCGAGAGGGCUGAGCCCCUCCUCUCCUCGUCCGGCCUGCAGCCCAGAACGGGCCUUCCCGGACGCUGGCUCGGGACUGUCUUCAACCCCGCCCUGCACCUUGGGCAAGGGAGAGCGCCACCCGCCCGCCCCCGCCCUCGCUCCGGGUGCGCGACCGGCCCGCCACCUUGUACAGGACCAGCACUCCUAGGGCCCGAGCGCGUGCCUUCCCCGUGCGGCCCGUGCGCAGCGGCGCUCUGCCCCUCCGCCCCCAGGGUGCAGGCGCACAUCGCCCACCCCCCACCUCCCGGUGUAUGCAGUGGUGAUGCCUAAAGGAAUGUCACGCAGUU